AUGACACAUGGUAGACAUUCAUCAGGAUCUGGAACGCCAGAGAGGGCAUUGAUCAUGAAAGUCCACCGUCGACAUGACAGAAGAAGAGGACUAGGAUUAAUUGUGAUAAGUCUCUCAAUACUUAAUUUUCUUUGGGUUGUCAACUUUUAUAUAUCUAGCUUUUCAUCCUCACAGGAAGAUUUAUUUGAACUAUCGCCACAACUAACACACAGCUUGUCCUUUCUAAACGAUUCUGAAGACUUUGGGAGACUAGUGGACCGCUUAAAUUUUAAUUUUUUGUUGAAUACUAAACCGUGUGAUACUAGUAGUGACAUCUUUAUGUUAGUGUUUAUCCACAGUGCACCAGAACAUUAUCAUAACCGCCAGACAAUCCGCCAGACUUGGGGUCUAGAAACAAAUCUUGUGAACGAUUCUUUCCGUGUCGUGUUUCUGGUUGGAGAAGUACAGAACCAAAGUGUUCAGUUGACGCUGGAGGAAGAAAACAAAGUAAAUCAGGACAUUAUUCAAGGAAAUUUUAUUGAUAGCUAUCGAAAUCUUUCAUACAAAUACGUAAUGGGACUUAAAUGGGUCACAUAUUUUUGUCGUCAAGCUAGGUAUGUAUUAAAAGCAGAUGAUGACAUCUAUAUUGAUAUCUUUCAAUUGGUUCGGCAUAUAAAAGUCUCUUUUGAAGUCUCUCAUGGAGAAGGCUUGGUUGUGUGUUUUCUCAUAAAGAAACCCUACGUGAAAAGGAGUCAAAGAAGUAAGUGGCGUGUAAGUUUUGCAGAAUAUCCAGGAACGUAUUACCCAUCAUACUGCUCUGGAUGGGCAGUUCUAAUGUCCCCUCUUAUGGUUUAUAACCUUUAUCUUCAGUCCUCACGCGUUCCUUACUUUUGGGUGGACGAUGUCUAUGUAACAGGCACGCUUGUAAAAAUUUUAGGCGUAAAACACGUAGACAUAACAACAUCUAUGUCUGUCAAUAAAGAAUAUGUCAUCAGUUGGCUUCAGAAUAAUGACACUUCUCUACCUCCACCGUUUGGAUACCCCGAUCUGUCCCCUGAAAAUAUCCAUGCCUUAUGGACUAAAACCUUGCUUUAUUACAACAAAAGUGGUACUUCUUAG